GCGCGUGCUCCUGUGGUACAUCCGGCCGGUCCCUAUCAAUCGAUCAGAGAGAGGAAGAUGGCGGCGGAUGGAGUGAGCAGGGGAGGAUCGAUCACCGAAAAACUCGAUUGGGUUUGUUUAUCCUAAGUCAGCUAAAGGCUCCAUAACACCGUCCGCUCCUGUGAUUUCAACCCGGACUCGAGGCGCCACCACACGGAGGGAGAUCCUCAGAGCCUGAGCCCCCUUGCCAGAGUCCUCCACCGUCCUCAGGCAAUCAGGGCGAUGGAGUUCCCCUGGCACAGCGGGAAGGUCCUGGAGCAGCUCAACCGCCAGCGUAAGCAGGGCCUGCUGUGUGACUGCACCUUCGUUGUGGACGGGGUGGACUUCAAGGCCCAUAAAGCUGUGCUGGCAGCCUGCAGUGUCUACUUCCGCACCCUCUUCCUGGACCAGAAAGAUGUGGUGCACCUGGACAUCAGCAACGCAGCUGGUUUGGGUCAGGUCCUGGAGUUUAUGUACACAGCUAAGCUGAGUUUAACUCCGCAGAACGUAGAAGAUGUGAGGACUGUCGCCAGCUUUCUCCAAAUGCAAGAAAUAGUAAACACCUGCUCAGCGUAUCAGUCCAUGGCCACUCAAACGCCGUCCCUCAUCACACUGGACUUUGCUGUUGAUGAAAAACCCGGCGAGGAAGAGCACGGAGAGAAGCUGGAGGGUGACUUGGCAGACGUUGCUCUACAAGCAGAGGAGGAGAAUCCUUCUGACACUCCCACAGAAAACACAGAGCUCCCACAGAACCAGGAACAUUCAGAGGAAGACGACUCUGCCGAAACAGAACAAAUUGCUUCUCAGACCACCAGAUCUCCGUCAAGCCGAGGCAGGCUGUCCAAAAACCUCCUGGUUUCUGCGCAGAAGAAGAUCUCUGUAAAGAAGGAGGAGGAAAGUGCUGCACAGGGGGCGUCAGGGUUUCAGGACGACCCCUCGGACUCCGACUACACGCCAAAGUCCCAGUUGAAAUCAGCGGGCAGCUCCUCCUACAUGAGCUCUCGAGGGAGAAGAAUCAGAAAACCUCCACGACGAAACUUCCCUCCUGACAAUGACGCUGAAGACGAAGGCCCAUCGAAGAGAAAAACUGUGAAGAAGGCAGCAGAGCCGGCAGAAGUGACUGCAGAACCAGAGGACAACCACGAAGAGCCUGUUGAGGUAGACGCUGAUGAUGAUGAGGAUGAUGAUGAAGAAGAGGCUGGAGAGGAAGACGGCGAGGCCGGUGACCAGACAGAAGAAGUGGAUUCAAGCAGCGAAGGAGAAGACAGACAAAAUCAGUCAAUGUCCAUAAGCAGCCGGUCAGAGUCCAAACCCUACAGCUCUGUGACGCACAAAUGUGAGGACUGUGGGAAGAAAUUCACUCACACUGGUAACUUCAAGAGACACAUGCGCAUCCACACAGGAGAGAAGCCCUUCACCUGUCGGGACUGUAACAAAGCGUUCUCUGACCCUGCAGCCUGUAAAGCUCACGAGAAAACACACAGCCCUCUGAAGCCGUACUGCUGCUCCACGUGUGGGAAGAGCUACCGUCAGAUCAGCCUGCUCAACCUGCAUCGCAAGCGGCACACAGGCGAGGCGCGCUACAGCUGCGACAUGUGCGGCAAGUUGUUCACCACAUCUGGCAACCUGAAGCGUCACCAGCUGGUGCACAGCGGCGAGAAGCCAUACCUCUGCGACUUCUGCAACAAGGCCUUCUCCGACCCUACCGCCAAGAUGAGACAUCUGGAGACGCACGACACCGAGAAGGGCAACAAGUGUCCUCACUGUGACAAGAGAUUCAACCAGCUGGGGAACCUGAGGGCUCAUCUAAAGAUCCACAUCACAGACGGGCCUCUGAAGUGCAAAGAAUGUGGCAAACAGUUCACCACUUCAGGAAACCUGAAGAGACACCUUCGGGUUCACAGUGGGGAGAAACCGUACAUCUGUAUGCACUGUCAGAGAGCCUUCAGUGACCCUGGAGCUCUGCAGCGACAUGAACGCAUUCACACAGGAGAGAAACCCUGCGUCUGUCCUAUCUGUGGCAAGGCCUUCACCCAGGCCAGCUCGCUCAUCGCUCAUGUACGGCAGCACACCGGAGAGAAGCCCUACGUGUGUGACCGCUGUGGAAAAAGGUUUGUGCAGUCCAGUCAGCUGGCCAAUCACAUUCGCCAUCACGACAACGUACGGCCGCACAAGUGCCAUGUGUGCAACAAGGCAUUUGUUAAUGUUGGAGACCUCUCGAAGCACAUCAUCAUUCACACAGGAGAGAAGCCUUUCCUGUGUGAUAAAUGUGGCCGAGGGUUCAACCGAGUGGACAACCUGCGCUCCCACGUUAAAACAGUCCACCAUGGCAAAGCCGGCAUGAAGUGGUUAGUGCUCACUGAGGGUGCAGACGAGGGGCUUGAUGGGUGCGCAGCUGCAUCCACGUCCGAAAGUGAGAUCAACAUAGUCACCGUCACCACAGAGGACAUCUUCCCCCUGGCAACAGAGGCCCUGGCAGCCACAGCUGUCGGGCAGCUGACAGUCGUGCCAGUUGCUGCUUCAGUGUCUGCAGACGAGACGGAGGCUUUGAAGGCUGAGAUCACCAAGGCUGUGGAGAAAGUGCAGGAAGCAGACCCUAACACCCAGAUCCUGUACGCUUGUGAUUCGUGUGGUGAUAAAUUCUUGGACGCCAGCUCCCUGGCCCAGCACGUACGCAUCCACACAGCUCAGGCCCUGGUCAUGUUUCAGGCUGACUCCGACUUCUAUCAGUACACCACAGCCAGCGCUGCAGAAGGGGAUUCUGCCACAACAUGGCAACCCACAGCUGAACAGGUCAUCCAGGAAGGUGAGCUCGUCCUGCAUGCCCAGGAUGGAGAAGGAGAAGGAGAAGGAGAAGGAGAAGGAGGGGCAGAGGAAGAGAUGGAGGAGAGUGGCAAGAAGAAAGACGAGGAGGAUUCAUGAGGAGGAUGGAGAGAUGGAAACGCACACUGAGAUGACGAUGGGAAGGAGAGGGUUUUGGAUGUCAGGGUCGGCGUGGUGGGGUAGAUUUGUGAGCGGUGUAGGAAUUAAAACUUGUAUCACAAAUCUUUUCAGAACAGAGAGAAGAUCAGUGACUGACUCGGGUUGAUGUGGUGUAAAAAAAGAAAGUCUGUGUUCAUGACAUACAACCUUUUUUAAACAGUUCUAUCCAAGGGUGUAUACAGCCGCUUUAUUGUCCUGUAUUGAAGAAGCGAGGUGAGAUCUGAUGAUCAGGUUACAUCAUUGUGAAUUAUUUCAGAGAUUGUCAUCCUACUCUGUAUAGUUUGUUCAUCUUUAGACUGUAAUGCAGGGUUAUGCAUUGUCUUUUCUAUCAAAUGUUAGGUUUCAUUAUGUCUGACCCUCUCUAGCUCACAGAAACAGUUAGUGUUAUUUUUUCAUGUCACCCAGAUGAGAUAUGUAUAUUUCCUUAAACAUUCAAUAUUUAAAUAUUUUAUUGUACUUAGUAAAGUAUUUUCAUGCAAAGCAUAUUUUACAGAGAUGUUUACUUGAGCAUUUGGAGGUACAAAAGAAUUAAUAAGAAAGUUAUUAAUAUUUUUUCCAGAGGGGAGUUUGUGAAUGUAUGUACUUUCAAACAUUGUAAAUACUGUGCAUGUAUAAUAUUUGUAUAUUUGUUAUGUGAAACACCUCUAAUACAAGAUAUUAAAUAAGUGGUGAUGACAAGAGAGUCUACAAUCUCCAGCUUUUUGUUUCUGUCGUAGUAAUUUGUCAUAUUGGCUUGACGGCAGUUCUCUGGAAACUAUGGUUUUAUGUCAUAUUUGAUGUUAACAUUAACAUCUGCAUCAUGUCUCCUUCAAUAUUAGUAACAUGUUCUUCUUGUCACCUGGUAAAUAAAUUAUCUUCACACAA